AGGCUCUUCCUUCUGCCCAGCUCCAUCCUGCCCAGCAGCCUGCAGAGAGGAGGCAGCUGGCACCACACUGGGCUUUGGAGAGGUUGCGGGGACUGAGGACCUCACCCUGCUGCACGGAGCUCCUGCAAAAACGACCCUGAGACCCCUGGGUCCUUCCAGCGCCCAGCCAUGGGGGAACUGUGCCGCAAGGACUCUGCGCUCACAGCACUGGACGAGGAGACGCUGUGGGACAUGAUGGAGAGCCACCGCCACAGGAUCGUGCGCUGCAUCUGCCCCAGCCGCCUCACUCCCUACCUGCGCCAGGCCAAGGUGCUGUGCCAGCUGGACGAGGAGGAGGUGCUGCACAGCCCCCGGCUCACCAACAGCGCCAUGAGGGCCGGGCACUUGCUGGAUUUGCUGAAGACUCGAGGGAAGAACGGGGCCAUCGCCUUCCUGGAGAGCCUGAAGUUCCACAACCCUGACGUCUAUACCCUGGUCACUGGGCUGCAGCCUGAUGUUGACUUCAGCAACUUUAGCGGUCUCAUGGAGACAUCCAAGCUGACCGAGUGCCUGGCUGGGGCCAUCGGCAGCCUGCAAGAAGAGCUGAACCAGGAGAAGGGGCAGAAGGAGGUGCUGCUGCGGCGGUGCCAGCAGCUGCAGGAGCGCCUGGGCCUGGCCGAGACCCGUGCCGAGGGCCUGCACCAGCUGGAGGCUGACCACAGCCGCAUGAAGCGUGAGGUUAGCACCCACUUCCACGAGGUGCUGAGGCUGAAGGACGAGAUGCUCAGCCUCUCACUGCACUACAGCAGCGCCCUGCAGGAGAAGGAGCUGGCCGCCUCACGCUGCCGCAGCCUGCAGGAGGAGCUGUAUCUACUGAGGCAGGAGCUGCAGCGAGUCAACGUGGUUUCCUCCUGCGAGCUGGAACUGCAAGAGCAGUCCCUGAGGACGGCCAGCGACCAGGAGUCCGCGGACGAGGAGCUGAACCGCCUGAAGGAGGAGAAUGAGAAACUGCGCUCGCUGACUUUCAGCCUGGCGGAGAAGGACAUUCUGGAGCAGAGCCUGGACGAGGCGCGAGGGAGCCGACAGGAGCUGGUGGAGCGCAUCCACUCACUGCGGGAGCGGGCCGUGGCCGCUGAGAGGCAGCGAGAGCAGUACUGGGAAGAGAAGGAACAGACCCUGCUCCAGUUCCAGAAGAGUAAGAUGGCCUGCCAGCUCUACAGGGAGAAGGUGAACGCGCUGCAGGCCCAGGUGUGCGAGCUGCAGAAGGAGCGAGACCAGGCAUACUCCGCAAGGGACAGUGCUCAGAGAGAGAUUUCGCAGAGCCUGGUGGAGAAGGACUCCCUCCGCAGGCAGGUGUUCGAGCUGACGGACCAGGUCUGUGGGCUGCGCACACAGCUCCGCCAGCUGCAGGCAGAGCCUCCGGGUGUGCUCAAGCAGGAAGCCAGGACCAGGGAGCCCUGUCCACGGGAGAAGCAGCGGCUGGUGCGGAUGCACGCCAUCCGCCCCAGAGGCGACAGCGAUGGCAGCCUCGUCAGCUCCACGGAGUCUCAGCUCUGGUCGGACCUGAGCAACACAUCCAGCCGUGAGCUGGCGGACAGCUUCCGCUCCAGCAGCCCCGCGCCCCCCAGCCAGCAGUCCCUGUACAAGCGGGUGGCCGAGGACUUCGGGGAAGAACCCUGGUCUUUCAGCAGCUGCCUGGAAAUCCUGGAGGGAGACCCAGGAGCCCCGCCGGGAGCUAAGCUCCUCACUAGUUACAGUGAUUUUAGGAAAGAUGAAAUCAGCGUCCAAGCAUUGAGGAAGGGGUGGAGGAAGAGAAAGUUCAGCCUCAGCACAGAGGAUGGAACCGACCUUCCCCAGCUGGAAAGCAGCCUGCAGCCGUUCUCACCUGGAAGCCUUGAUGUCUCGGAGAGCGGCGUCCUCAUGCGGCGGAGGCCAGCCCGCAGGAUCCUGAGCCAGGUCACGGUGCUGGCGUUCCAGGGGGAUGCGUUGCUGGAGCAGAUCGGCGUCAUCGGCGGGAACCUCACAGGCAUCUUCAUUCACCGGGUCACCCCGGGCUCGGCGGCGGAUCAGAUGGCCUUGCGCCCGGGCACCCAGAUUGUGAUGGUUGAUUACGAAGCCUCAGAGCCCUUGUUCAAGGCAGUCCUGGAGGAUACGACCCUGGAACAGGCCGUGGGGCUUCUCAGGAGGGUGGAUGGCUUCUGCUGCCUGUCUGUGAAGGUCAACAUGGACGGUUAUAAGAGGCUACUCCAGGAUCUGGAGGCCAAAGUGGCGACCUCGGGGGACUCAUUCUACAUCCGGGUCAACCUGGCCAUGGAGGGGAGGGCCAAGGGGGAGCUGCAAGUGCAUUGCAACGAGGUCCUCCACGUCACCGACACCAUGUUCCAGGGCUGCGGCUGCUGGCACGCCCACCGCGUGAACCCUUACACCAUGAAGGAUGCUGCUGCGCACGGCACCAUCCCCAACUACUCCGGGGCUCAGCAGCUGCUCAUAGCCCUCAUCCAGGACAUGACUCAGCAAUGCGCCAUCACCCGCAAGCUGUCUUCUGGGGGACCACAGAAGCUGGUCCGCAUCGUCAGUAUGGACAAAGCCAAGGCCAGCCCUCUGUGUUCGUCGUUUGACAGGGGCCAGCUGGACCCCAGCAGGAUGGAGGGCUCCAGCGCGUGCUUCUGGGCCGAGAGCUGCUUCACCCUGGUGCCCUACACCCUGGUGCGGCCCCAUCGACCCGCCCAGCCCCGGCCUGUGCUCUUCGUGCCCAGGGUGGUUGGGAAGAUCCUGAGCGAGAAGCUGUGCCUCCUCCAAGGGUUUAAGAAGUGCCUGGCAGAGUACUUGAGCCAGGAGGAGUGUGAGGCCUGGAGCCAGAGAGGGGACAUCGUCCAGGAGGGAGAGGUGUCUGGGGGCCGCUGCUGGGUGACCCGCCAUGCUGUGGAGGCCCUCAUGGAAAAGAACACCCACGCCCUCCUGGACGUCCGGCUGGACAGUGUCUGCGCCCUGCACAGGAUGGACAUCUUCCCCAUUGUCAUCCACGUCUCUGUCAACGAGAAGAUGGCAAAGAAGCUCAAGAAGGGCCUACAGCGGUUGGGCACCUCAGAGGAGCAGCUCCUGGAGGCCGCCCGGCAGGAGGAGGGACACCUGGACCAGGCACCCUGUCUAUACAGCAGCCUGGCUCCUGACGGCUGGAGUGACCUGGACGGCCUAGUCAGCUGUGUCCGCCAGGCCAUUGCCGACGAGCAGAAGAAGGUGGUGUGGACGGAGCGGAACCCCCGAUGAUGUACCGUGCCCCUCCCUGGGACGGUGGGGGCCUCUGCGUGCCUGUUAAUGCGGUCCUGUUCCUGAGCCCAGACCCUACUGGCACAGCUGUGGGCUCUUGGCUCAUGAGGCCUGCUGUCCCCUCUGGCUGGGGUCUAACCUUGAACCCUCACCACGUGCAGGUCACACACGGUGAAGCCACUUGUAACUGCACACUUUUCUGUGGAAACAUCUUCACCUUUCACCAGGCUUGGCAUGGUCUGGACUGGAGACCCUGAGAACAUUUCUGCAGUGGGACAGGAGGGACAUCUUCCCACGCCUUCCCUGGAACCGGAGGCCCCGGACCUCUCUGGAGAACCGCCUGUCUGCAGGUCCGAUUCAAACCUGCGGGGGCUGCAUUUCCCUUUACAAUUCUGAAGUGUCAAAGGCUCACUCCAAAAGCACAGAGGCAGCGGGUGGGGAGUCUGGGUGGCCCCCAAGGUUGCUGCCACCCUUGCCUGGGGCAGAGGCACAAGCCCACAUAUGCUGUGACCCUGGCCACCUUUUCUCAGCUUCUGAGGCUGCGAUGCCUCAGGAACUCCAGUCUACAGAGACCAGUGUGCUGACUUGUAAAUACAGCCUCUGGGUGGUGGAGAUGGUACUUUCAGUGGGUCUGUGCCCCGUGGCCUCCAUGCCCGUUCGGAGGGGGUGUCCCAGAGAAGCCUGGCACCAGUAUCCCUGUACAAGGUCCGGCAGACUCUGCCUUCCCCCGACCUGGCUUUGCACCCCAGCCCUUCUUGGGCCAAACAUCUUCACUGCACCUUCAGGGCUCGGGGAGGACCCAGGUCCCCCAGCGCCUGGCCUUGCCUCCGCCUCCUCGGGCUGUUGCAGACUGAAGGUCAUUUUGACAGCAGUGUCCAAGAAUCAGGAAGCUGUUCUAGAAUUCAGGUUGGAAUCAUCAUAAACGAGUUCAGAAAAAGAACUUCUGCAUAUUUUACUAAAAUAAAAAGCUUUUACAAUA